AUGUUUCCUAGCCCUGUGACAACCACCCCCUUCUCGGUGAAGGAUAUCCUGAACCUGGAGCAGCAGCAGCAGCAGAGCGGGCUGGGCUCCAUGGAGCUGGCGUCGCUGGCCUCCCCGUCCUGCAUGCUGGCCACCUUCAAGCAGGAGGGGUUCGGCACCGAGCCCCCGGCCCUGCCCGACCUGCGGGAGGAGCUGCCCGAGCCUCCCCCCAGCAAAACCACGGCCGCUUUUCCCGGCUCCUACUACGUGAAAAGUUACGUGGAGAUGGACACGGCCAAGGAGGCCAAGGCGGACAAGAAAGAGCUGUGUUCCCUACACAAGAGCCUGGAGCAGGAGAAAAGAGACCUGGAGGAUCCCGAGCGCCCCAGACAGCGGAAAAGGAGGAAACCUCGCGUCCUCUUUUCUCAAGCCCAAGUGUACGAACUGGAGAGAAGGUUCAAGCAGCAGAAAUACCUCUCAGCCCCCGAGAGGGACCACCUAGCGAACGUCCUAAAGCUCACCUCCACGCAGGUGAAAAUUUGGUUCCAGAACCGAAGGUACAAAUGCAAAAGGCAGAGGCAGGACCAGACGCUGGAAAUGGUGGGGAUCCCUCCCCCGCGGCGGAUCGCGGUGCCCGUGCUGGUGCGCGAUGGGAAGCCCUGCCUGGGGGAAUCUUCCCCCUACAGCUCGCCCUACAAUGUCAGCAUUAACCCCUACAGCUACAACGCCUACCCCGCGUACACCAACUACAACAGCCCCGCCUGCAACGCCAACUACAACUGCAACUACCCCUCCAUGCAGCCCAUGCAGCCCUCGGCGCCCGCCAACAACUUCAUGAACUUCAGCGUGGGGGACUUGAAUUCGGUGCAAACGCCCAUCCCGCAGGGCAACGCGGGCAUCUCCACCUUGCACGGGAUCCGAGCCUGGUAG